GGAAUGAACCCAGUAAGACUUACUCCUUCAACUCAUGGGUCUGUUUCAUCUCGACUGUGGAGGCUUGGCAUCUUUCUACUACUUAGCCUUCCUGACUCUAAAGGAAAAGCAAUAUGGACAGCUCAUCUGAACAUAACAUUUCAGGUGGGAAAUCAGAUUAUAUCAGAACUAGGAGAGAGUGGAGUGUUUGGGAAUCAUUCUCCUCUGGAAAGGGUGUCUGGUGUAGUGGUACUUCCUGAAGGAUGGAAUCAGAAUGCUUGUAAUCCAUUGACCAACUUCAGCAGGCCAGAACAGGCAGACUCUUGGCUGGCCCUCAUUGAACGGGGAGGCUGUACUUUUACACAUAAAAUCAACGUGGCAGCAGAGAAGGGAGCAAACGGGGUGAUCAUCUAUAACUAUCCAGGUACGGGCAACAAAGUGUUUCCCAUGUCUCACCAGGGAACGGAAAACAUAGUUGCGGUGAUGAUAGGCAACCUAAAAGGCAUGGAACUUUUGCACUUGAUUCAGAAAGGAGUCUAUGUGACGAUCAUCAUCGAAGUAGGGAGAAUGCACAUGCCGUGGCUGAGCCACUAUGUCAUGUCUCUGUUUACCUUCCUGGCAGCCACAAUUGCCUACCUUUUCUUAUACUGUGCCUGGAGACCUAGAGCACCCAAUUCUUCCACCACAAGACGAAGACAGAUAAAGGCUGAUGUGAAGAAAGCUAUCGGUCAGCUUCAACUUCGAGUACUCAAAGACGGGGAUAAGGAACUAGAUCCAAAUGAGGACAACUGCGUUGUUUGUUUUGAUAUAUACAAACCUCAAGAUGUAGUACGUAUUUUAACUUGCAAGCAUUUUUUCCAUAAGACAUGCAUUGACCCCUGGCUUUUAGCCCAUAGGACAUGCCCCAUGUGCAAAUGUGACAUUCUGAAAACUUAG